AACUUGAAAAUCUGUCGAUUAUAUAGAAUAAAUUUGUUCUUAAAAAAGAAAAAAAAAAAAAAAAGAACGGAGGAGAAACGAUAGAUACUGAUACUGUAUAAGAUCAAUUUCCAUAAGGGGUGGAAGCAAUGGAUUCGUUGGCCAAGCGAAACGAGGGGAUGAGUAUAUAAAAUCUCCGCCCCUUUUCGUAGAACCGCCCCUAGCUUCGAGGGUGCUUCAGUGAACGAAACGGAACGGAGGUAGGGACACUAGCGGUCAAGUGUUCGUCGAGUACACUCAAAAACGACAAGAAGAGUCCUUCACCUUUUGCGAAAAGGGACUCGAGAGACGAGCUACUUAAAAGUAGGCCGAGACACUUCGUCAGUGAAUACGUGAAAAUUUGCGAACCGUUCGGAUCGGCUUCGUAUUUAUUUGUGUAUUUGUGUGUCUGCGUGUAUAUCUCUGUGCGUGAGUGUAUCUCUGUGUAUGUGAUUUUUUAAUUUUUUCUUUGUAUUUUCUUUACGUUUCAAUUUGGUGACAUACUGAGCUGAUAAUUUAAAAAAGGAAAAGGAAGAAUGAGGAAUUGUGAAGUAUUGCAUCGAUUCAGAAUUAUGGGAUCAAGGUGUGUUUCAUUAAGAAAUUGUAAAAAGAGUGCUCAAGAUGAAAUUAUUUUCUAGAGAGAAAGAUUUGAAACAAAUUUUGGAGAGAUAAAAAAAGAUAAAAGAAUCAGGAUUUUCAAUAGAAGAAAAGUAAUUCGUUUGACAGGUUCCAACAUUAACAAGAGUAGAAAAAGUGCGUGAAGAUUAAGACGGACAGUUCUUUAGAGGUCUUACAGAAACUAGAAGAUAAAAAGAGAGAGGAAGAGAGAAACAGAGAGAGAAAGAGAGAGAGAGAGAGAGAGAGAGAGAGAGAGAGAAAGAGAGAGAGAAAAGGUAAACAAGGAUUAAAUCGAGUAAGGAUUUGAAUGGAAGAACUGUGAUUAGAGAUGUUCCAAGAAUAUUAAAGACCCUUGUAAGCCCUAAUCGAACUUUCAAAAUGGCGGACAAGAAUAAAAUUCUGCCCUGGCCACUUCUACCCUAUCCAGCUAGUCUUUUGAAUCACGUUUGGUACAGUCAACUCGCAUUAAAUACUAGAAUAUUAGAAAGUAUGAAAAUGCCGGCUAGAACGUCAGGUUUUCACAUAAGUGAUAUAUUAGAACUAAACGAUGCUAAACCAUCUCAAGAAGAGAACGAAGUUCAAGGAAGCACAACUGUUCUACCGACGGCGAAUGACGUUCCAUCAGCCUAUCAACAAUUUUUAGAACACACGACAGCAGCCAUGUUACAACCAGCGAUGCAUGCGAAUCUUAAUAGGGGUAGUUUGCCACCACCACCCCCGGCAUUACUUGGCUGGCCAAGUGGACCUACAGCUUUACCAACGACACUACCACAACCUUUAGAAGAAGUAAACAUUCUUCAACAACCAGACUCGACGAGUCCAGCAAUAUCAGAGCUAUCCUUCCCGUCGCAACAAGAGAACAGCCACGAGUCCAAGGACGAAGAGUCACAGGAUUUCGAGGAGGAACAUCCGAACGGUGAAACGCAAAGUCACGAGGCUGAACAUAAGAAGAGGAAACGACGAGUAUUAUUUUCUAAAGCUCAAACUUAUGAGCUUGAGAGAAGAUUUCGUCAACAGAGAUAUCUCAGUGCGCCGGAAAGAGAACACCUAGCAUCGAUCAUUCGAUUGACACCAACGCAAGUUAAGAUUUGGUUUCAAAAUCAUAGGUAUAAAACGAAACGUGCGGCAACUGAAAGAGUCGAAGCUGGUGGAAGUGGUUGUUCACCAAGAAGAGUAGCAGUUCCAGUGUUAGUAAGAGAUGGUAAACCAUGCCAAUCAAAACUGAUGGAACCAACGACUUAUCCCGGGAAUGGUCAAGUGCCUAUGGCUCCCUACAUGCAAAAACCAUACUGGUGGUAAGACUUGAUCGAUUAACAAAUAUGUGAGGCCGCAUUGGCCUUGACCAGCUUCACAAACCUCGUCAGAUCUAGUCAGGAUUAAGAAGUUAUCAAGGAAGAAUAGAAAGAAGUGAUGUUCUGAGAGAUCCUGACUGAAAAUCAAUGAACAAGGAUUCAUUUGUUUCAUUUAUUUCACCAAAAAAACCAAAGAGAAUUUAUUUGGGACGAUUUAAAUAAUUAAAUGCUCGUCUCGUAUUAAAAGAAUUCCUGGCGAGAAUGUGAUCUUAAUAGUGCGAAUGGAAUGAAAUAAUAAAAAAGGAAAAUAAAAUAAAAUAAUAAAAAUAAAAAUAAAUAAUCGUGUAAAUUCGAUCUCGUAUAGAUGAAUGUGUAAUGACUCUUAAUAUCUUCGUAUAGGACAUAGUGUGAUACGUACGAAUGAAAGUUCAACUUUAUGUACUUUAAUUUGUCUUUUUUUUUUUUCUUUUCAUCAACAAAUUGUCUAAACGAACAUUAGGAAAAGAACAAUAUGAGAAUGAUAUAUCAAUCUAAUUCAAUUUCCAUGAUUGAAAUCUCUUCGAAAGAUCGACAUCUUUGUGAUCCAUCGUUUCUACGAUUUUUAAUUGUUAAUGUGUAAAAAAAAGAAUUGCCCAAGUUCGUCCUUAAAUAGUCUAAUAGAUGAUUAUUUCAGUAGAUUGUGUAUAUAUGUACAUUCUGUAUAAUACAUGGUAUAAACUAAUAUAUAUACAUAUACAU